CUCGGUAACUCUACAUUUCUCACAAUGAUAAAAGUUGGGGCAAUAUGGUGCAAUGGGACAGGAUGGGAUCACAGAGGAAAAACUGAUAUAGCACAAAUCUUUAUUUCUCGGUGUGAAAAACGAAUUAAUUUCAUGCAAUUUGUUUACUGCGAGGACGGAGGAAAUAAGCUUGUGUUGUCCGAGAAGAUCGGUGGUGAUGGCGACAGUGGCAGCUUAUGGUUAGAUUCGGUGACGUUUGAUUAUCCGUCGGAGUACAUUACUCGCGUAAGCGGCAAGUACGAAAAUAUUUACAGCACAAAAUACUUGAGAUCGAUAACUUUCGAUACGAAUAGAGGCAGGUAUGGACCAUUCGAAGCAGCCCCUGCGAAAGACAGCUUGGAGGAUACUGAGUUCAGGUAUGAGGUGGGACGGAGCAAAUUCGGGGGAUUUUUUGGUGCUUUUACGUCUACUGGCAUAAAUAGUAUUGGAAUUUAUGUGAAGCCCCUUGAGAAACUGGUGAUCACCCCAGUUAAAGAGGAGUGAUUAGUAAUCAGUUAUGUUGUGUGGAUUGGAGGGAGUUUAUGUUUUCUAACGAUAUUAUUUUUAAAAUUUUCUGAAUUAUACAAUACAUGUAAC